AGUUAAUACGGUCGGCGGCGAGCUUUGACGGUAGCAGACGGGCGACCACGGGCGUCUCGUUUCGUCGUCGUCUCGCCCGCCUUCCGUUGGAACGUAUCAAGCGAGAGAUCUCGACCAUGAAGCUCAUCAGGCACCCCAACGUCAUCCGGAUGUAUGAGGUGAUGGCCAGCAAGACAAAGAUAUACAUCGUCAUGGAGCUCGUCACCGGUGGCGAACUCUUCGACAAAAUCGCCUCGCGUGGAAGGCUGAAAGAGGAUGACGCAAGGAAGUACUUCCAGCAGCUGAUCAACGCUGUCGAUUACUGCCAUAGCCGAGGCGUCUACCACCGCGAUCUCAAGCCUGAAAAUCUCCUGCUUGAUGCUAGCGGCACGCUCAAGGUUUCGGAUUUUGGACUGAGCGCACUAUCUCAACAAGUCCGAGAGGAUGGUCUGCUGCACACAACCUGUGGAACUCCCAACUAUGUUGCUCCCGAGGUUAUAAACAAUAAGGGCUAUGAUGGAGCUAAGGCUGAUCUGUGGUCAUGUGGAGUGAUUCUCUUUGUCCUCAUGGCGGGGUACCUCCCAUUUGAAGAUUCGAACCUGAUGUCGCUCUACAAGAAGAUCUUCAAAGCGGAUUUCAGUUGCCCGUCCUGGUUCUCCACAAGCGCAAAGAAGCUCAUCAAGAAGAUACUUGAUCCUAAUGCUAACAAUAGAAUAACUAUUGCAGAGCUCAUUAACAACGAGUGGUUCAAGAAGGGGUAUCAGCCUCCCAGAUUUGAAACAGCAGAUGUUAAUCUGGAUGACGUGAACUCCAUCUUCGAUGAAUCCGGGGAGCCAGCACAGCUUGUUGUUGAGAGGAGAGAAGAAAGACCAUCAGUGAUGAACGCUUUCGAGUUAAUCUCUACGUCUCAGGGCCUCAAUCUCGGGACGCUCUUCGAGAAGCAAACGGGUUCUGUUAAGCGAGAAACAAGGUUUGCGUCAAGGCUUCCUGCAAAUGAGAUACUGUCGAAGAUCGAAGCAGCAGCGGGACCCAUGGGCUUCAACGUUCAGAAGCGCAACUAUAAGCUGAAGCUGCAAGGGGAGAACCCUGGAAGGAAAGGUCAGCUGGCCAUUGCAACAGAGGUUUUCGAGGUCACGCCUUCCCUGUACAUGGUUGAGCUGCGCAAGUCCAACGGCGACACCCUUGAAUUCCACAAGUUCUACCACAACAUCUCAAAUGGACUGAAGGACGUGAUGUGGAAGCCGGAGAGCGGCAUCGUGGAAGGCGACGAGGCGCGGCAAAGGAGGUCCCCGUGAUGGGGUCUGCAACCAAGUUUUAGAAGUAGCGCUGCAGAUAACUAGUCAUCAGGGAGCCUGGCGGGAACUGAGCCUGUGACUGCUUCCUGUUUGUUUGGAUGUUUUGUUUUUGUCUAAGGUGCUUUCUGACUAAAGUAUGCUGGAUAAUGUGAAUGAAGAAUGUGCAGAGUUUUCAGC